UUCCACCUCCCAGCGCCCCCUCGGAGAUCCCUAGGAGCCAGCCUGCUGGGAGAACCAGAGGGUCCGGAGCAAACCUGGAGGCUGAGAGGGCAUCAGAGGGGAAAAGACUGAGCUAGCCACUCCAGUGCCAUACAGAAGCUUAAGGGACGCACCACGCCAGCCCCAGCCCAGCGACAGCCAACGCCUGUUGCAGAGCGGCGGCUUCGAAGCCGCCGCCCAGGAGCUGCCCUUUCCUCUUCGGUGAAGUUUCUAAAAGCUGCGGGAGACUCGGAGGAAGCAAGGAAAGUGUCCGGUAGGACUAAGGCUGCCUUUGUCCUCUUCCUCUCUACCCUUACCCCCUCCUGGGUCCCCUCUCCAGGAGCUGGCUAGGCAGGCUUCCUGGCCAACCCUCUCCCCUACACCCCCAGCUCUGCCAGCCAGUUUGCACAGAGGUAACUCCCUUUGGCUGAGAGCAGAGGAGCUUGUUGCACAUUGCAAGGCUUUGGGGAGCCCAGAGACUGAGAAGCAACAGCGCGCCCCGGAGAGUCCCUGGUUCCAGGUUCUCCCCCCUGCACCUCCUCCUGCCCGCCCCUCACCCUGUGUGUGGUGCUAGAAAUGAAAAGAUGAAAAGGCAGCUAGGGUUUCAGUAGUCGAAAGCAAAACAAAAGCUAAAAGAAAACAAGAAGAAAAUAGCCCCGUUCUUAUUUGCACCUGCUUCAGUGGACAUUGAAUUUGGAAGGCAGAGGAUUUCCCCUUUUCCUCCCCGUCAAGCUUUGAGCAUCUUUUAAUCUGUUCUUCAAGUAUUUAGAGACAAACUGUGUAACUAGCAGGGCAGAUUCUGUCUGGCGCGUGCCUUCCUUUACUGGAGACUUUGAGGUUAUCUGGGCACUCCCCCCACCCCCCUCCUGCAAGUUUUCUUCCCAGGAGCUUCCCGCAGGUGGGCAGCUAGCUGCAGAUACUACAUCAUCAGUCAGGAGAACUCUUCAGAGCAAGAGACGAGAAGCCAGGAUAAGGGAAUUCGGUGGAAGCUACAGACAAGCUCAAGGAUGGAGGUGCAGUUAGGGCUGGGAAGGGUCUACCCACGGCCCCCGUCCAAGACCUAUCGAGGAGCGUUCCAGAAUCUGUUCCAGAGCGUGCGUGAAGCGAUCCAGAACCCGGGCCCCAGGCACCCUGAGGCCGCUAACAUAGCACCUCCCGGCGCCUGUUUACAGCAGAGGCAGGAGACUAGCCCCCGGCGGCGGCGGCGGCAGCAGCACUCUGAGGAUGGUUCUCCUCAAGCCCAUAUCAGAGGCCCCACAGGCUACCUGGCCCUGGAGGAGGAACAGCAGCCUUCACAGCAGCAGGCAGCCUCCGAGGGCCACCCUGAGAGCAGCUGCCUCCCCGAGCCUGGGGCGGCCACUGCUCCUGGCAAGGGGCUGCCGCAACAGCCACCAGCUCCUCCAGAUCAGGAUGACUCAGCUGCCCCAUCCACGUUGUCCCUGCUGGGCCCCACUUUCCCAGGCUUAAGCAGCUGCUCCGCCGACAUUAAAGACAUUCUGAACGAGGCCGGCACCAUGCAACUUCUUCAGCAGCAGCAACAACAGCAGCAGCACCAACAGCACCAACAGCAGCAGGAGGUAAUCUCCGAAGGCAGCAGCGUGAGAGCCAGGGAGGCCACGGGGGCUCCCUCUUCCUCCAAGGAUAGUUACCUAGGGGGCAAUUCAACCAUAUCUGACAGUGCCAAGGAGUUGUGUAAAGCAGUGUCUGUGUCCAUGGGAUUGGGUGUGGAAGCCCUGGAACAUUUGAGUCCAGGGGAACAGCUUCGGGGAGACUGCAUGUACGCGUCGCUCCUGGGAGGUCCACCCGCGGUGCGUCCCACUCCUUGUGCGCCACUGCCCGAAUGCAAAGGUCUUCCCCUGGACGAAGGCCCAGGCAAAGGCACUGAAGAGACUGCUGAGUAUUCCUCUUUCAAGGGAAGUUACGCCAAAGGAUUGGAAGGUGAGAGCUUGGGCUGCUCUGGCAGCAGUGAAGCAGGUAGCUCUGGGACACUCGAGAUCCCGUCCUCUCUGUCUCUGUAUAAAUCUGGAGCAAUAGACGAGGCAGCAGCAUACCAGAAUCGCGACUACUACAACUUUCCGCUGGCUCUGUCCGGGCCGCCGCACCCCCCGCCCCCUACCCAUCCACACGCCCGCAUCAAGCUGGAGAACCCAUUGGACUAUGGCAGCGCCUGGGCUGCGGCGGCAGCGCAAUGCCGCUAUGGGGACUUGGGUAGUCUACAUGGAGGGAGUGUAGCCGGGCCCAGCACUGGAUCGCCCCCAGCCACCACCUCUUCUUCCUGGCAUACUCUCUUCACAGCUGAAGAAGGCCAAUUAUAUGGGCCAGGAGGCGGGGGCGGCAGCAGCAGUCCAAACGAUGCCGGGCCUGUAGCCCCCUAUGGCUACACUCGGCCCCCUCAGGGGCUGACAAGCCAGGAGGGUGACUACUCUGCCUCCGAAGUGUGGUAUCCUGGUGUUGUGAACAGAGUACCCUAUCCCAGUCCCAACUGUGUCAAAAGUGAAAUGGGACCUUGGAUGGAGAACUACUCCGGACCUUAUGGGGACAUGCGUUUGGACAGUACCAGGGACCAUGUUUUACCCAUCGACUAUUACUUUCCACCCCAGAAGACCUGCCUGAUCUGUGGAGAUGAAGCUUCUGGUUGUCACUACGGAGCUCUCACUUGUGGCAGCUGCAAGGUCUUCUUCAAAAGAGCCGCUGAAGGGAAACAGAAGUAUCUAUGUGCCAGCAGAAACGAUUGUACCAUUGAUAAAUUUCGGAGGAAAAAUUGUCCAUCUUGUCGUCUCAGGAAAUGUUAUGAAGCAGGGAUGACUCUGGGAGCUCGUAAGCUGAAGAAACUUGGAAAUCUAAAACUACAGGAGGAAGGAGAAAACUCCAAUGCUGGCAGCCCCACUGAGGACCCAUCCCAAAAGAUGACUGUAUCACACAUUGAAGGCUAUGAAUGUCAGCCUAUCUUUCUUAACGUCCUGGAAGCCAUUGAGCCAGGAGUGGUGUGUGCCGGACAUGACAACAACCAGCCAGAUUCCUUUGCUGCCUUGCUAUCUAGCCUCAAUGAGCUUGGAGAGAGGCAGCUUGUGCAUGUGGUCAAGUGGGCCAAGGCCUUGCCUGGCUUCCGCAACUUGCAUGUGGAUGACCAGAUGGCAGUCAUUCAGUAUUCCUGGAUGGGACUGAUGGUAUUUGCUAUGGGUUGGCGGUCCUUCACUAAUGUCAACUCCAGAAUGCUCUACUUUGCACCUGACUUGGUUUUCAAUGAGUACCGCAUGCACAAGUCUCGGAUGUACAGCCAGUGUGUGAGGAUGAGGCACCUGUCUCAAGAGUUUGGAUGGCUCCAAAUAACCCCCCAGGAAUUCCUGUGCAUGAAAGCACUGCUGCUCUUCAGCAUUAUUCCAGUGGAUGGGCUGAAAAAUCAAAAAUUCUUUGAUGAACUUCGAAUGAACUACAUCAAGGAACUCGAUCGCAUCAUUGCAUGCAAAAGAAAGAAUCCCACAUCCUGCUCAAGGCGCUUCUACCAGCUCACCAAGCUCCUGGAUUCUGUGCAGCCUAUUGCAAGAGAGCUGCAUCAGUUCACUUUUGACCUGCUAAUCAAGUCCCAUAUGGUGAGCGUGGACUUUCCUGAAAUGAUGGCAGAGAUCAUCUCUGUGCAAGUGCCCAAGAUUCUUUCUGGGAAAGUCAAGCCCAUCUAUUUCCACACACAGUGAAGAUUUGGAAACCCUAAUACCCAAAACCCACCUUGUUCCCUUUCCAGAUGUCUUCUGCCUGUUAUAUAACUCUGCACUACUUCUCUGCAGUGCCUUGGGGGAAAUUCCUCUACUGAUGUACAGUCUGUCGUGAACAGGUUCCUCAGUUCUAUUUCCUGGGCUUUUCCUUCUUUUUUUUUUCUUCUUCCCUCCCUCUUUCACCUUCCCAUGGCACAUUUUGAACCUGCUGCGUAUUGUGGCUCCUGCCUUUGUUUUGAUUUCUGUUGUAUUUCUUUGAAUCUGUGAUGAUCCUCUUGUGGCCCAGUGUCAAUUGUGCUUGUUUAUAGCACUGUGCUGUGUGCCAACCAAGCAAAUGUUUACUCACCUUAUGCCAUGGCAAAUUUAGAGAGCUAUAAGUAUCUGGAGAAGAAACAAACAGAGAGAAUACAAAGCAAAAACAAAACCAAAAAAUAAAAAAGAACAAACACAAACAAAAAACAAAAAACAAAACCAACAAACAAAACAUGCUAGGUUUGUUUCUUCGUGGUAUACAAAUAAACACAUAGGAUUCACAAAGAAGCCGACAGUGACUAGAGAAGAACGUGAAAAAUUACAAAUCCAUGAGGAGUCACUGUUUUUGUUCAUCCUGUCUCUCUGUGGGAAACUUCAGUUGUUGUUAAUGGCUAUUGCCAUUAGAGAGCAGGGUGACCCCAAAGCUUUACUGAUAGAGUAGAGAGAAAAGAGGACAAGGAGGGCAGAUGGAUAACCAUUACCUCCCCACAGCCUUUGUCCCUGAGUCCUAGAGUGCUCAGUUGCAGUGCAGUUCAUUGUACUGAAAUGUGCUUCUUGUUUGAAAACUUGUCUGCAUGUGAAUGCCUCUUCCUUCCAAUCCUUUUCUCUCUUAACCUCUGCUUCCACCCUCAAUUGACUUUCAAUAGCUUUUCUCAGAGCUUUGUACUAUAUGCUCUCUUUAGCCAAAAUUUGGCCACUUCCACUGAAGUUAUGUCAGUGAGAAGAAAGCAGAAAGAUAUGACUCUUUGGAAGGCUCUAUUCAGAUUUAUGUUCAUAUUUCCAUGUGUGAGCCAUAGCGGAGCUUUGUGACUGGAGUCAGAGGAAAAGGAAGUGAUGGCUUAGCCAUUCUCCCAUUAGAGAUAGUGAGUAGUUCAUCCCAUAGUGCAAUCAUCCUUUCCUCUGCUUUUAAAGGACCUAGAGACCCCAUGCAGCCACAUUCUCCCUGCACAAGUCUUCAGUGUUCAGUGGCCCUGAACUUCACCAUAAUGCAUUUAAGCCAAGGUGGUAAAGCUUGUACACUUCUUUGGACGUGUUUGUAGACACUGCUAAGAUCUCCCUCUCACCACCACCACAAAGGCUAGCAGGCCAGCAGCCACAGCAUCUAUGUUUAGAUGUUAAUAGCAUAAAAGACAUCUCUCUCAGUGUCUUUUAUCAACAGUCAAUUUCUGGAGCCCUUAGAAAAAUUGGAAAGAAAGCAUCAAAGGGACCAGACAAAAUGGGCAUCUUGCCCUUGUCCUCCAGAGACAAUAUAUUCCUCCCAAGUGGAGAAAUGUCAAUUUCCUCCUCAGAACAAUUAAAGGGGCUACCCAGACCAUGGUGGAAGAGAAAACUAAGUAACCCAGCUGAGAAAAAUGAAGACACUAGAACCAGAAAGCAUAGGAUUUUUCCUUUCCAUCCAGCGUACCCACUGGCAGAAAUGAUGGAAGGAAAAGAGAAGGCCAGAAGAAAAUACAGACUGCUGAAGUCUUCAGAGGCAAAGUCUAAAGCCAGAUGAAUACCAUCUGGCUAGAUGGGCAUCAGUUUGCUCAUCCUCCUCUAUUGUCAUUGCUGGGCUGACUUUGGCCAAAGUUACUCCGAAUCUCCACCAUAGUUGUCCCCUCUCAGUCAGAGGGUGCAGGACCACUGAAACAUUCUAUCCACCGUGACUCUCAUUGGACAGAUCUGGCCGGUGUGGCUACAAAUAGACUGCACCCAUAAACUCAGGGCAAGCCCUGGGUCACUGGUUUCAUGUAGUCUGUUGACAGCCUUCUUUACCGUGGACUCUGUUCCUCAACCUUGAGUGCAGGAGGAAUGCACAUCUACUCUUGCCUUUGUAUCAUUCCUCCUCACUCAGCUCUUCACCUCCCUGCAGACCUUAAGAAAUCAGGGGCCAGCUGCCAAGCUGACUCUUUUGGUUGGUAUACUAUGUUAACUGAAAAGGUGGUUUCUGAAUGACAGGUUUUCUUCCCUGAUUUCUUUGUUGAUAUUAAUAGCAAAAACAAACUUGCAAAACAACUUCUUUAACAAGGAAGGGAGGAUAUAUGAUGGGUGAUAUGGUAAUCCAACCCUGCUUGACAAAAACUGAAGCUGACAGGUUACAUUUAAAAAAAAAAACAAAAAAACAAAAAACAAAACAGGACAGUUUCUGAUUUGCUUUGUGACGACACUAUCUGGCUUAUGUACAGGAGCUCUCUUAGCUGUUCCUUAAACAGAAAAAAAAAUCAUUAUUCUUUUUAGUUAAACUUGGUUACACUUUAAUAGUUCUUUUACAUUUAUUCUGAAGCAAUUUUUGUCUUCUGUGGUACAUGGAUUUUAUUAUAACAUUCUAAUAUUUGUCUUUGUAAAUACUAGAGACUCUUUGAUCCAUUUCUCUAGGAAGUUUUUCAUCUUAUGGAGUUCUGAAUCAUGACUCUUAUCUUUAUGAGUGUAUAUGCUUUUUACUUGCAAAAGCCAAAAAGAGUGAAACAGUAGUGCAAUUAAAGCAACACCAACUGAACUCCAAAUUUCCAAGUGACAAUAUUAGAGAAAAACAGAGUACACAUGGCUUUAUGCCUACUGCUUCUGCGGUGGGGUUUGGGUGAGCAAUGGAAACUGUAGCUUGGCUGUGUUCUCUCACCCAAGUGAAGAAGAGAUUGGUUUUUUGCUCUUUUGGAUUUUGUGUUUCUUUUCUGUUUUGUUUUGCUUUAUUUUCUUUGGCCAUCAAUGUUCCAACUAAUAUGAUUGGCAGAGCAAGCGCUCUGCUCAGUAGAGUGAAUGUUGCUGGUACACUAUGCUCACCUGUGAACGGCUGGCCAUUUCUCCAUUCAUAUGGUUAAGAUGGAAGAUGAGGAUCACUUACUGGACAAGUCAAGGUGACCAUCUCCAAAGAGGUUUACAGUGCUUGGUAGGAAUGGAAAAUGAGGACAGGAAAAAGAGGAGCACCAUGGAGAAGGCCCAACUGGGCAGGACAGCAGCCAGCUGCCAAAGUCACGAACUCUGGGAUUCAAGAAGAGUCGUGUAGUGCUUUCAACUCUCAUCCGCAGGCAGCUCACUGUGUGUGGACUCUGAGCUGACACGGGAGUUGGCUUCUUUGUUCCAUAGAUUUUCUAUGCCACAGGCAAUAUUAUUGUUCUUGGAAAGUUCAUUAUUUUUUUAAAUUACCUUACUCUCAGAAAGGGAUUUUUUUGAAGGAUUCUGUCAUAUAUCUUUGGAAAACAGAAAAUCAGUAAUAUGUAUAUUUUUAUGUAUGUUCACUGGCACUAAAAAAAAAAGGAAAAAAAAAGAGAAAAAAAAAAGCUUCACUCUGUCCUUUGGGUAGUUGCUGAGGUUUAUUGUCCAGGUUGAGAAAUGUGCUUCUGCUAACAUCCUUCUCUGUCCACACUCUAUUCUAAGUACAUAGAGAUAUAUAUAGGAAGAUAUAGUCAACACACUUUAAGAAAGAAGUAUGUCCACCAUCCACAUGAUAACCACAAUGAUAUUCCACAAAUUACAUGACUUUAAGCUUCAAGCAACUUCUAACUGAUUCAUUCAUUCAUUUAUAGCCUUGCCCUCUUCUUUCCCUUACAUUUGGCUCAGCACAAAGACCCAAGCCACCCUUAUACCUCCUUAACUAAGACUUAAGCCAGCACCAGACUUCAGAAGGUUUUCUGAAGACAACUGACUUGCUAUCCCUGCAUGACCCUAGCAUGAUCCUGCAAACACAAGAGACUAAUUAUAAUUCUCCUCUACUAAUUGCCUGGGUCACAGGUCAUUGGGCCAAGGCCAUGAUUCUUAUGCUUACGAACCACUAAUGCUAACCUACUCGAUUAAAUCCUGAACUGAAAGUUAAAAGAAGCCAUUUAGCAUGGGAAACUUCUUGGACUAAGACGUUUCUGUCCUGGCUGCCUUUGCAAACAGGUGUGCUCUCACCACUUAUCUCCUUAAAAAUCUUUGAAGGCCUUUUUUUUUUAAGUAGAAAAGGAGAUGAAAGCAUUACAUUAUGUAACCAAAGAUUAUAUUGUAUCUAAGAUACCAAAAUGUUUAAGGGCAGGGAAGGAGCAAGCAUUAGUGCCUCUUUGGUAAAUUAUCCAAAGACAGACUGAAGGACUUUUCUGAUGAUUGACUUAGAAGACUUUGUGGGGAGGGGUUGUCUCACAAUAUACAUAUUUAGAAGUGUUGAGAAUAAUUUGGGGGGAAAUGGGAUUAUAGUGUCCUUCACUAACUGAUUUUAUAAGCAGAACUAGCUUUCCUUUUUUUUUUUUAAAGUAGUUACAGAGCAAAUUAUUAAAGCUCCAUCUUUGCAUGGUUAGAAAUGGAGCUGGUCUUGGCCACUGUGUUUACUAGUGCCCAUGUUAGCUUAUUUGAAGAUGUGAAGCCCUUGAUAAGAAGGGGUACAUUUAAAGGAUUAGAUUUUUGCACUAGAAGGAGGGCAGGCAGAAACCCUCAUUUCUGCCCAGUUUGGACAGCACAAAAAGUUCUCUGCAGUUUAAGGCAGAAAGUUGAAAUAUAUUGUAAAUGAGUAUUUGUAUCCAUGUUUCAAAACUGAAUUCUAUAUAUAGAUGUAAUGUGUUCUGAUAGCUUUACCUUUCUCUGCACCUUUAUAUUUGGUUCCAGGUCAUAUCUGAUGCCAUGUACUUGUAAGAGAGGUUGCAGUUACAUUUUUGGAUGCUCUCUCAGAAUGGAUAAGACACCUGGAUUGAUCAGAUAACUGAGAUCUCUUCCCUUCUUGGGCCUGGUGUUGAGGCCUUGCAAAGGGGUGGAAGAGGAAAGGGUAGGGUACAUGAUGUAUUGCACUUUACUAGCUUAAGACGGAUGAAUGUGGAAAGGGUGGUGAAAUUUCAUUGAAUAUGCCUAGGAAUUGCAAUAGGGAGAAAUCCAGAUGUGGGGCCAGGUGCCCACCCAAAGAACUAACCAGCAGCCUCUUCAUGGGAUCUGAGGCAUUGGGAAAAGGAAGGCUAUUUCCUUGGUUUUCACCAUCCUUGUUAGAGAAGGGCAGUUGCCUGGUCUUGGGAACCUGGAGCAAACGCUCCUUCUGUCACAUCAAUUCUUUCCCCUGCGAUUGAGGUGCUCUUGCUACUGGGUGUCCGUGUGCUUUAAUUCUGGUUCUGGAUAUGUUCUGUAAAGAUUUUGAUAAUUGAUAAUGUAUUUUUCUCUGUUAAAAAUUUGUUAGUGUGUUAGAAGUCAUAUCUCUGUAGGUACAGAUCCUUUGCUACCCAUGAGUAGAGGGAUUUUUUUCUUCAUUAAGAGUUUGACCCUGGGGUCUGUUGCCCGGAGCCCAUCCAGAAAAAAAAAAAAAAAACAAAAACAAAAAAA